AUGAGCUCCAACAAUCUCAGCGGAAUUGGCUCUCAAUUCAACGGCAUCGAGACCACCGGACACCCCGACGUGCUCGAUAUCACCCCGAAGCGUACCUCGACCAAAAGCUCCCCCCCUCUCUCCACCACCCGGAACAAAAGCAAGAACUCGCCGCCAUGGAACGCUCCCCUCGGCGCCCCCAAGCCCAAGAGAUCGUCGUAG